GUCAGAAAUAUUGGUGAUGUCGUGACGUCCUCCAUCGAGACCCGGGCGGGCGUGACCGCUAAAACGCGGGUGUACAACCGCGAUGGAGGCCCUGCCCCUCCUGGCAUCGCCGAGCUCGGGAUCAAUGUCUGGCGUGGUGACGCACCUGAGGCGGAGCGCGGGUUCGUUGCCCUGGGCACCCCUCUCGGGCACCGGCGGUUUGUGGCCGCUCACACCGACACUGGGCUGCUCGAAGAGACGCGGCUGUUGCAGGAGCUCCCCCUGCUGCCGGACCUCCAGUGUGCGUGGCUUCUCCUCGCCAUGUGCGCCUCGCCGCGCGCUGAUCACCUCUUGCGCACCCUCCCACCCAACCUCUCUGCCAGCUAUGCGUGUGGCCACGACCAUGCUGUGUGUGGCGAUGCCUGCUCGUGCUGCUGGGUGGUAAAGACGACACUGAUCCCGAGGUCGCUGCAGCACGCCGUCUCGCGCUGCUGCCGGCUCUUUCGGGAGGCCUGGGUUUGCAGUGUGCCGCGCGAACCGCCCCUGCCACUUACUGGGCCGCCUGGGCCGACGCACUGCCUGUGCUGCGCGCGCGCCGCCCCGACGCCGCCGCCAGGUGCUCCGCCGAGCUCGCUGCAGGUCCGGCUGCUGCUGCCGCCUGCUUGCGUGCUGCCGCUGACGCGGGCUGCACGCUGGAUGGCGCUAGAUGGCAAGGCCGACCUUUUUGGCACGAUGUACAUAACGGUGUGCGCCCCGCGCAAUGCGACCUGCCUGAACCUGGCGAGAGGUGCCAAGGUUUGCAGCAUCACGGUUCCCGCCAUGCUGCGUUCGCAGUCCGGGCCGCACGCAGCCGCAUGGCUCAGUGCCGUCCCGAGCAAGGUCGGGUUUGGCAGCGAGGCGGUGCAGUUCCUUCGCGCACUGGCUGCCGCGGCCUUCGGCCUGUCUCUUCGAGUUCCUCCCCGGAACCUCGACGCGGACACGCCAGCAGACGAAAGCACCAACUGCAGCAAGUGCAUUUCCAUCGGCGAUGUUGUUGUCAUGUUGACAGGCAAAUCCGUGAGCAUGAACAUUGAAGGGGUGCCUGGUCGUCGGGUUAGCUCGUGCACGUGGGGUCGGGGCCUCAAGUUCGGCUUCAUUGGCGAUGGCGCGUGUUCAUUGGUGCACAUGAGCAGGCUAGACUAUGUGCAGCAUUUCGCGAGUUUGAUACGCAACGGCUGGGAUCUCUGCUGUCUCCUAGUCAUUAUCUCGGUGGCCGUUAUCUGGGCCCAUCGUGCUCACGAGGCGCUGAUUCACUUGUCGUUGGCACGGGAAUUGAAUGUGGCCGAAAGUCAGCAGUUGGCACGAUUCUUGGACAAAGUGACGGACAAGUGUGAAAAUGUCGAGUACGACACAUUCGUCCAAUGGUUGUAUGCGCCUGACUCGAAGUUGUCCGAGUUGGUGCUGUCCCGCGCGAGCCCGCACAAAGGCGGUGUUCCUGCAGAUCCGCGGCCUUUAAGUGGACGAACUUUGGCGCGAAUUGUUCGUCACAAGGCGGGUGUCCGGUCGGAGCGGAGCCGUGACAGCUCCCGAGAUGGCAAGGUGCGGGGUUGCAGCCCAGCUGAUCCUCGUCGAGGUGCGAUGGACCCGCCCCGAGUGGAGUCGGCUUGGCCAAGCAUGGGGAUUGCACAUCUCAGUGCCUGGGCGGAGAAAGGCGGGCUCAGUGUAGUUUCCUCGCAGCUUGCUCCUCGGGACCCUGGCCCGCCUCAAACCAAGAUGCAACCCCGACACAACUUUCCUCGGGCACGAACCAGAUCUUCCCAAGGGUAUCGAAGCCGAGCAUGCACGCCCGGGAAGGCAUCCACCCCGGCCACUGAAGCGCCAUCGGUUGAAUCUGGUGGCUACCCCGGCAGUGGAGGGGCCAGUCCGGAGGAGCUUUCGGUCAGAACAGUCACGCCGCUGCUGCCGAAUUUGCCUGACGGUUCUCGACCGCGAGCCCUGUCACAGGGCCUGAAGGAUCGUCAUCGCGACAUUGCUUCGCUGGAAGCGCAGCGAAUGGAACAGAAGAGGCAGGAGCUGAUCCAGGAGAAUAUGCGCCAGCAAGAGCUGCAGGAGUACCACUACCGCUGCCAGAAGCUAGAGAGGGAACACGCUGCGACAAAAGCAGACGCUUGGACGGUGUCAUCGCAAGCUUCGCGACAGCCGCAUCCCUCACCGCCAUCUUCACAGGUUGUCAAGGUCACGGAAGCACCCAUUGGUGAGCAUUCUCAGCGGUCGAGUGUGGACGAGCGCUAUGAGCAGCAGUUGCAGCAGGAGCUUGCGCGACAACAGCAGCUUGAACUGGAGCUACGAGGCGAUUCCACAGCCUCCAUUUCUUGGCUGAACCUGCAGAAGACUCACCGACUCCAAGAGGAGGAGCAUUUCCGGCAGCAACACCGAGAUCAGGUACGUGCCCAGCAGGAGCAGGCGGAGCUCGCUUUGCAGCGAAGGCAGCAGGAGGCAGAGGCCUUGCGU